AUGAUUUAUAAUCUUGCUGAUGAAACACCAACUGGUUCGUUAAUUGGUAAUAUAGCAGAAAAUUUAUCUAUAAAUUAUAUAAGGAAAUAUACAUUCUUGUUAAUUACAUCAAUGAAAUUUCAAUAUAUAAAUGAUUACAUAAAGAUUACAUCUAAUGGUGAUCUAAUCACAUUACGUCACAUUGAUCGGGAUAAUACAAAUGAUAUAUGUGGUCCAUUAAAUUGUUGUACAUUAACCGUAUGUCAAAUUGAAGCGAAUAUCAUUCUCACUAAACAGUGGGAACAAGAUUUUAUUCAUGUGAAUCAUUCAAUAAUGAAAGAUACUCGUAUUACUGAUGAAGAUGAAGAAAUUUUGAGACGAAACCCGGUAAAAUUGAAUGAAUCUAAUCAACAAACGAUUAUACGUUUAUAUAUACGAAUUAAUGAUGCAAAUGAUAAUCCACCACGUUUUAUGUCAACUACGAUGAUUAAAUAUGAUCCAUUAAAUAUAUCUCAUCAAUUAUAUAAUAGACCAUUUAUCAUUUAUAUCCGAGGUGAUACAAACGGAUUUGAAGGUUUACCUACUGCUUCCGAUGCAGAUUCUGAAGUAAAUGGUAUAGUCAUGUACAAACUGGUUGAACAUACAAAUAAUGGAGAUCCUGUGAAGGAACCUCGUUUAAACAUUAGUAUAACAUAUGAUAAUAUCAAUUCAAUCAGUCCGAAAUCAAUACUUCUAAGAUCAUUAGAUUAUGAAAAUCUAGAUGAUCGUGAAAUCUAUGCAACAUUCUAUGCAAUUGAUGGUGGUGAUCCAUCUUUAACUGGUUCACUAUCAAUUAUAGUUCGACUAUUAGAUAUCAAUGAUAAUCCACCUAUUAUAAGACAAUCUACAAUGAUUGACCAAUCUAUUAUAUUACCAGAGAAUACAACAUUAGAUGACAAACCAUUCUAUAUAGUGAAUGCAACAGAUGCUGAUUCCGGGGAUAAUAGUCGAUUAAUCUAUUCAUUUAGUUCAUUAGUCAAUAGUUUAAUUCCAUUGAAAUUUCAUAUUGAUUCAAGAAAUGGUGCUAUUACAAUACGUGAACCAUUAGAUUAUGAAAUCUAUUCUGAACGUCAAUUUCUAUUACCGAUUGUUGUCAAAGAUUGUGGCAGUCCACAGUUGUCAACCAGUACAUCCAUUUCUAUACAGAUUAAGGAUAUUAUUGAUAAUAUACCAACAUUAAUUAUACAAGAGAAUAUUACUAUACCUGAAGGACAAAUAUUUACAAAACCAAUUAUACGGUUUUAUAUUAAAGAUGAUGAUGAAGUAUCACAUGGAAAAGUAAGUGAUUUGUUCAUAGUUACUCCACAUGGACAAUAG